AUGAAUCAUUGUGAAAAUUCAUGGAGAAUUUAUUAUUUAUAUCAGAAUAAUAAAAGUUAUAGAGGAAAACGAUACUUAGAAGGAUUUUACAACGUAUAUUACUAUAUUCAUGACAAAAUCCGAUAUAAAAGUUUUUGAAUUUCAGAGAUUCCUUUUUCCUUAUUGAGCAAUUUGAUAAAACAAAAGAGUAAAAAUCACUAA